AUGCUAACGAGGCAUCAAAUCGAGCACCGCAGCGAGCACCGCAGCGAGCACCGCAGUCGAGCACCGCAGCGAGCACCGCAGCGAGCACCGCAGUCGAGCACCGCAGCGAGCACCGCAGCGAGCACCGCAGUCGAGCACCGCAGCGAGCACCGCAGCGAGCACCGCAGCGAGCACCGCAGCGAGCACCGCAGCGAGCACCGCAGCGAGCACCGCAGCGAGCACCGCAGCGAGCACCGCAGCGAGCACCUAGUCGAGCACCGCAGCGAGCACCGCAGCGAGCACCUAGUCGAGCACCGCAGCGAGCACCGCAGCGAGCACCGCAGCGAGCACCGCAGCGAGCACCGCAGCGAGCACCGCAGCUAG